GUGCGCGCUCCCUACCCAAACGAAAGAGCUGGAGGAGCUGAUAACCCGCUUCACCAUUAUCAGCCGGAGCCCACGUUACUAAUAAGUACCUGAGAAAAUAGCAGAAUGUCUGAAGAAAAGCCAAAGGAAGGUGUGAAGACGGAGAAUGACCACAUUAACCUCAAGGUAGCUGGUCAGGAUGGCUCGGUUGUACAGUUCAAAAUCAAAAGGCACACUCCACUCAGCAAGCUAAUGAAGGCAUACUGCGAAAGACAGGGAUUGUCAAUUCGUCAGAUAAGGUUUAGGUUUGAUGGACAGCCAAUUAAUGAAACAGACACACCUGCACAGCUGGAGAUGGAGGAUGAGGACACUAUUGAUGUAUUUCAGCAACAGACGGGAGGAAUCUGUUAAGUGGAAAGAGCAACACUUUUUUUUUUUUUUUUUUUUUUUUUUUUUUUUUUUUCUU